AUGGCGUCGACAAUCUCGGUUCACCCGGGUCGGAUCCGGGUCCUCAAGGAAGGCUCAUGGCGACCGUCCGAUCAAACGGUAGGUCCCGUUGUUUACUGGAUGUUCAGAGAUCAACGGUUGAGAGAUAACUGGGCGUUGAUCCACGCCGUUGAUCUGGCAAACAGGACCAACGCUCCGGUGGCCGUCGUUUUCAAUUUGUUCGAUCAGUUUCUGGGCGCAAAAGCGAGGCAAUUAGGGUUUAUGUUAAAGGGCUUGCGUCAGCUUCACCGGCAAAUCGAAUCUCUUCAAAUUCCGUUUUUCCUCUUACAGGGAGAUGCGAAGGAUACAGUCCCUAAUUUCGUCGCUGAAUGUGGAGCUUCACAUCUGGUCACUGAUUUCUCGCCUUUACGGGAAAUUCGAAGCUGUAAAGAUGAGGUUGUCAAGAGAACUAGUGAUUCAUUAGCAGUACAUGAAGUUGAUGCACACAAUGUAGUUCCAAUGUGGGUUGCGUCGGCUAAAUUGGAGUACAGUGCUAGAACAAUACGGGGUAAGAUCAACAAACUACUACCUGAGUACCUCAUUGAGUUUCCUAAACUUGAACCGCCGAAGAAGAAGUGGGACAGGGUGAUGGAUAAACUGGUUGAUUGGGAUAGCCUCAUCGAUCAAGUUGUAAGGGAGGGUGCAGAAGUUCCUGAAAUUGAAUGGUGUGUGCCGGGAGAAGAAGCGGGCAUGGAAGUAUUGAUGGGGAUUAAAGAUGGGUUUUUGACGAAAAGGUUGAAGAAUUAUUCAACAGACCGGAAUAAUCCUGUAAAGCCAAAAGCACUCUCUGGUCUCUCUCCUUAUCUACAUUUCGGGCAGAUAUCAGCUCAACGGUGUGCCUUAGAGGCGCGUAAAGUCCGGAGUACUUACCCUCAGGCAGUUGACACGUUCUUGGAAGAGUUGAUUGUGAGGAGAGAACUCUCCGACAAUUUUUGCUACUAUCAACCUCACUAUGAUUCUUUGAUGGGAGCUUGGGAGUGGGCACGCAAGUCAUUGAUGGAUCAUGUUUCAGAUAAGAGAGAACACAUUUACUCGUUGGAGCAGUUAGAGAAGGGACUGACAGCAGAUCCUCUAUGGAAUGCUUCACAGUUAGAGAUGGUUUAUCAAGGGAAAAUGCACGGUUUCAUGAGAAUGUAUUGGGCAAAGAAGAUUCUUGAAUGGACCAAAGGGCCUGAAGAGGCUCUCUCGAUAUCAAUCUAUCUAAAUAACAAGUAUGAGAUCGAUGGCCGCGACCCAAGUGGAUAUGUUGGGUGUAUGUGGUCUAUUUGUGGCGUUCAUGAUCAGGGAUGGAAAGAGAGGCCGGUUUUCGGGAAGAUACGGUACAUGAACUACGCCGGUUGCAAACGGAAAUUCAAUGUGGAUAGUUACAUCUCUUAUGUGAAGAGUUUGGUGUCAGUAACCAAGAAGAAGAGGAAAGCUGAAGAACAGCUCACCAGAGACUCUAAGUGA